UUAGACAGGACAACGCAACAAUUCAACACCUGAGAAACCAACCAUUACUCGUACAGUCAGCGUUAGCCCAGGACGUGGAUUUUGCACUUGCUUUUGCUAUCCGCCACCUCGAACACCUGCCACAUCUGCGCGGAUGGUCAAAACCCGGCAGUUCGUCGACCCCCAUCGGGAAAGAGACGUGUUUUUUCUGUUUGGAUCAUUCACAGCGGAGCGGAUGAACUCUUCCGCUUUGACUGCAGCCGUCCUGUCACAGCGGGAGGAUGAACAACCAGAAAUGUAGCACUUUAUUUCAGAAACCAAGAGGACGGACCAGGAUUAUACAAUGUAUCUACGUGGUGGGCUUCAUGGACUUGUUUGGGGUGAGCAUGAUCAUCCCACUGCUGAGCCACCACGUGAAAGCUCUUGGAGCCAGUCCCACUGUGGCUGGUAUAGUAGGAUCUACAUAUGGGAUCUUACAGCUCUUCUCAAGCACAGUAGUUGGCAGCUGGAGUGAUGUGGUGGGACGGAGGUACUCGCUGCUGACCUGUCUGCUGUUGAGUGCUCUAGGCUAUGGCCUUUUGGGGAUGUCCACCAGCAUCGCUUUGUUUGUCCUCGCACGCAUACCUGUGGGGCUGUUCAAGCACUCCCUGUCAAUCUGCAGAGCCCUGCUGUCUGACCUGGUGUCGGAGUCAGAGCGCCCUCUGGUGAUGGGACACUUUAAUGCAGCUUCUAGUGUUGGCUUCAUCCUGGGCCCUGUGGUGGGUGGCUACCUCACCGAGCAUGAAGGCGGCUUUUAUACCUCCUCCUUUACAUGUGCAGCCAUCUUCCUUAUUAAUGCAGGUCUGGUAUGGAUGCUACCAUGGAGUGAGACACUAGUUCACCGUAAUGAUACCAACUUCAGCAAUGACAAAAAUAAACACUGUCAUGAUAACCACUGUAGUAAGUCUGUACACAAUGGUUCUCAUGCCAAUAGACACCACACAAUGCUGGCAGCAGACACUGAACCAGGCUCCAGAGCUCCAGGGAAGCACCAUGGUGGUCUCAGGUGGAGGGAGGUGUCUCUGCUCCAGCCUGCCUGGAGACAGCUGUCGUCAGUGGGCUCCAAGAUCCACAUGGUGGCCUCCUCUGACAUGUGGGACCUCUUCCUGGUGCGUCUUUUGAUGGCCAUAGCGAUCAUGCUUUACUACAGUAACUUCUCUCUGGCCAUGGAGGAGCGUUUCUCGCUUAAACCAAAGAUGACAGGUUAUCUGAUCAGCUACAGCAGCACCUUAGGGGCCCUUGCUGGCUUCCUGGUGGGGCCAGUCACGCAGCUCUAUAGGAAUAACAUGCCAGCUCUGCUGCUUCACUCCACAGUGCUCACCUGCUCACUUAUUUUCCUCUAUGCCGCUGCGCCCAGCGUCUGGCAGGUGCUUCUCACCUCCACAUUCUUUGCCAUUUCCACCACCAUUGGACGGACAUGUAUCACAGACCUGGAGCUGCAGAGGGGAGGGGUCCAGGCCAGUGGGACUCUGAUCGGUGCCGGGCAGUCAGUUACAGCCGUGGGUCGUGUCCUGGCUCCCCUCCUCUCUGGUCUGGCUCAGGAGUUCAGCCCUUGUGGUCCCCCUAGUCUGGGAGUGGUCCUGGCUUUGGCAGCUGUAGGUUUACUGCUCAUCAGGAUCCCUAAAUGGGACGGAAGAGGAAUGACAAAAACAGCCAUACUCUGAAACUCUCAGCACAUCCACCACUCGGAGAGGUGGUCUUAUUUGUUCGAGGCCAGCUGUGAAGGACUCAUAGUGGGGACCACUUGUCCCACUCCAGCAUGUUUAUUGACAAGAUGCCUUUUGCUGACAGUUGUGUCAGAAUGGCUCGUCAUCACCAGCACUACUGUCCUUCUUUGGGAGAAAGGAUCCUAAACUCAAGAACAGCACUGAAGUGAAGUUGGGGCUGAGACAUUUAAUCUGCUUGCCCCUGUGCUAAAAACAUAUGGGGUGUGUAUUGACUCCUAUUACUUGUGACAGCACCUUGAUUUUUAACGUAAUUUUGUAACCACUACAUUGUCCAAAUUCCCUGAAGUAGGUAGGUCUGCUGAUGAUACACUACACACUGAAAUAACUUGUACUGCUUCACUGAAAUACAAGGAGGGUAAUACUCCUUUCAAAUUCCAAGCAGUUAAACUUCAGACAUUCAUAAAUAAGAUUAACCUGUGGGGAAGCUGGACUGAUCACAUUGUUCUACUUCUGGAGUGGUUUACACAUUUUUACCUCAAUACCAGAUGAUUCUUCAAAUGCACUGCAUCAGAAAUGGUUCCUAUGGUGGAAUAUGAAGAAAUGUUCGCUCUAAUUUUUGACUUUUGAAUUUUCAGUUAUGGAGAUUUUUUUAAUGUAUCUCAGGAUAUGUCUGAAUGGACGUUAUGAUUUGUUGUUUUGGUCUGUUUUUUAAAGUUAUGUUUCAAAUGAAUUCCAGGCAUCGCUGUUGUUUGAAAUCCCAAAUACUAACUGGUAGGAAAAUGGUGUAAAUGUUUAUUAAGAAGUUACGGAAUCCUUGAUGUACGUGUCAGAUUCACGCCAAAAAGUCGCAAGGAAUAAACACUGGUUUGUA